GGGGCGAGGCUGCCCCGCUGUGGACCCGCCCGAUGGGCGCGCCCCCUCCGCAUCACACGAGGGGGCAGCGCGACCGCUCGCUCUGCUCUAGCGCCCGCCUGCCUUCCCUCCUCUCUGCCUUCCAGCCUGGGCUCCGCCGAGUCAAAGCGCGGAUCAGGUUCCCUGCCUCCAGUAUAAAAAUCUAGGCGAGAAGGCUCUGGCGGGACAGAGAGCCGGGCGUGAGGUGGUGGCAGGCGAGUCCGUCCGUGGGGAAGGGAAGCGUCGGCAGGACCAGUCGCUGCACACCGGGGACCGUCGCGGCUCGCCCCUUUCAGCUGCAGGAGAAAAGCUUUUUGCCGCCUCAAAAUGCAGCAGCAACAACUGCAAUGUCGAAUGUUCAAAGCUGCCUUCCUGGCACUCGUUUUCCUUCUGGCAGCUGUGAGUACCACUGAGGCUGGCAAGAAAGAGAAACCAGAGAAAAAGGCAAAGAAGUCUGACUGUGGGGAAUGGCAGUGGAGUGUCUGCGUGCCCACCAGUGGUGAUUGCGGCCUGGGGACUCGCGAGGGCACUCGCACUGGAGCUGAGUGCAAACAAACCACCAAGACCCAGAAGUGUAAGAUUCCCUGCAACUGGAAGAAGCAAUUUGGAGCGGAGUGCAAAUACCAGUUCCAGGCCUGGGGAGAAUGUGACUUGAACACGGCCUUGAAGACUCGGACUGGGAACCUAAAGAGAGCCCUUCAUAAUGCUGACUGCCAGAAGACUGUCACAAUCUCAAAGCCGUGUGGGAAGCUUACCAAACCCAAACCUCAAGAAUCCAAGAAGAAGAAAAAGGAAGGCAAGAAGCAAGAGAAGAUGUUGGAUUAAUGGAGUCAACUUGGGCAAUGUGAGAAAGGGACAUCAGCAAACAUGAUCAUUUAAUAGUUUCAUUUAUAUCUAGGCAUUUUAUCCUAGAAUUAUUUACAGUUUAAUGGUACUAUAGAAGGAAAAAAGCAAACACAGAAAAAAAAAAUCAUUUUUUUUAUUACUUUAGUGUUUUUAAUGUAUAACCCAAACAGCAAUUUUUAGAGGCCUCUAAUUAAGAACUCCAAACUCAUUUGGAAAAUUAUGUCUGUUAUAUGUUGAACAACAUUGAAGUUUUUAAUUUUUCUUUUCUCAAGUCUUGCUAUAGGUCUCAAUCUUGUAAUUAGUCCAUGAAGCAGAACCUGAGCCUGUGUGGAGCUCUGCUGAAGCCAGUGGUACCCUGUGUGAACACAACACUCUGGCUGGAUGUAUUUAUAUUUAAGAUUGGGACUUUAAAUCUGAAAAAUUGAGGCCUGUUUCUUAAUUUCUGAUUACAUCUGCAUAACUGUGAAUUUUUUGUUUGUUUAAGGAAAAGAUGGGGGCAUUUUGUUGAAUAUUUACAAGUAUGGGAUUUUCUUGAAUGUGUGCUUAAUAUUCAUUCCAAAAAUGUCACCAUCUGCAGGUAAAAACCAGUACCACUCCUUUCUUUAACUAUAUUUUGAAUGUUGGAGGUAAAUCUAAAAUCCUUCAACAAUUGGACAUAAAAGGGUCCUAAUUUUUCAUGAUUUUCUAGCAGUGAUUUUUCAAAGUAGAAUGAUUCAAAACUUUCCCUUUUCAGCAUAUCAGUGUUGGUGGAUGGUAGUGUCCUCCAUUUCACCUAUAAAAGCUGAAAAAUGCUGUAUUUAAUUUGUUAGUUUUGACAGAAGGGGAAAAUCCUUUUCAUAAAAGAUCUAGUUGAAAUUGUCAUGAUUCUGUCUGACCCAGCUUCCUUUUGUAUAAUUGGAAAUAUUCCUGUUAAUCUUAAUUAUAGCUGGUUAAAGAAGAGUAUGUCUGGUGGGAAAUAAUAGGAGAGAUCUGUUUGGAAACCACCAGAAGUAGUUCAUAUUUUUGACCAAAAAAGGGACAAUUUGUGGGACCUGAAACCAAUAGGAAUGAAAUUAUUUUUGGUUUAUCUUUUAGUGAAACAGAAGGGAAAUAUAAAACCAGUAUUUUUUGCUUUCUUCCAUUUUUAUAUAAGCAAAAAGACCUUGGAAAAAGCCCAGUCAACAUAAAAUUAGUUGUAAUUUUUAAAAACAUAGUCUGUGGGGAAAAAACCCACAAAAAUUACAACCAGCUGUUUUUCAGCUUGUUCAGUUUUACUUAAUUUAAAUGAUUCUCAAUCCUGUGAGAAAUCACAAAGUAGAAAAAAGAUCUGACAAAUGGCUGGUCUGUCUCUAGGUAAAGGAUUGUUUCACAAGCUGGCAACAAGCAGACCAAAAUUUUUACAGAAAACAUGAGGGAUUUCACUGCCCAAAUUAAGUUCAGAAUCAUUGCUUCAGAAUUCUAAAUGUUAAAAUUCAACAGCAAGAAACAAGCUUUGCUGUCUGUGUAGGCUGCAGGCUUGCCUGCUGGUUAAGAGGAAUAAUCUCCCUUGUACUCCUGCAUGGUACCCACUGACUUCAGUGAAGCUUUAGCAGGCUGUGUUCUUCUGAGUAAAUCGCAUUUCUCUCUUGGGAUUAAUUUGUAGACAAGCAGAGAGUCUUUUUUUCAUACUAACAUUACUUCCCUUUUCUAUGCAAAGAAAAUUGUAACAAUUGUAGAGCUUGCCCUCUUUUUUCUCACAUGGAGGGAAUGGCUGAUCUGGACUCAUGGUGUAAGGCAAGUCCUUCUGUUCCCAAACAAUCUUGAAGCCUGCUAGCCAAGGCUACACAUAACUUAAGGUAGACUAACCUCACAUUUAUUUCCCAGACUCCUUGGGUGUGUUUUGCAGUCUCUGUUGAUGUCCUUGCUUUUUUGACUGUGCUUUUAGACGUACCUGAGUUUGUGGUAUAGUUGAAAAUGUCCCCCACACAUGGUGGAUGUGCAAUGACCAAAUCUAAAAUCAUAAAGGCUCAUAUUUAGGUGGUUCUGGGUGCUAUUUCGUUUGUUCAUGGUCUAACCAGGUCUACCUGUACUUGUGCCUCAGAUUUAAACUAAUAGUUUGGUAGGUCUGGUUGAAAGCAAAGGGAGAAGGAAACUUUUUAUCACUCACCAAAGGUUUGUCUGUCUAAAUGCCGCAUCAGUUCACUUAAAGUUUGAGUGCAAACACUGUUGCACCAUUGUUUCACACUGGUUAAACUAGUCCAUGUUUCAUAGGGAGCUGGCAGGAAUUGGGAAUGAUGUUAAGACCAACACUAUGAUUGUCCUUUAGCAAACCUUAGAUGUGACUUCUUAUUUCCACCUCCAUGAGUAUAAAGAAAAUAAUUUUCUCUGUGUUUCCUCUGACACUUUAUGGUCCUUUUGUUUAACUGCCCAUCUGGCUUGUUAAAGGAACAUUCCUAAUAGUUUUUGUGGGAAGCCAGUCAAGUUCCUGUGGUGGCAUAAGACGUUCAUAGAGAUAUUUUACAGAAAACAAGGAAACAAACAAACAAAAACAAACAAACAAAAAACAUAUCAUGUUAGGACCAGAAAAGAAUUCAAGGUGUGAAAUAGGAGAACAUUUCUUAUGUACUACUCAGCCACAUAAGUUCAGAUCUUGGAGUAAUAGUUUAUAAACUUAAAAUUAAGAAAAUUUCCAAUAAGCCAGAAGAAAACAUUCAGUGGAAAGGGUAGCUAUGCAGGACGUGAUUAAGUAAUUUAUGGCAGAACACAGAGGAAUAUUGAAUUAGGUCAGUCAGGUCAGCUCUAAAAGGAGGCUUCUGGUACUUAAAAGGAGCCCUUGCGUCACUAGUGACAUUAUGAAGAAAGCAAAAGGCAAGAUUCUGAAGAAAACCUCUUCCCACUCAUCUUGAUCAGUUUCUACUUCAUUCAUUCUGAAACUUCUCCUUUUUUGCUUUCUUAUCUUCUACCCUCCCUGCUUUGGGAGGGCAAGCUUAUCUGACAGUGCUGUGGGAGCAACUAGUUCAGAUGAAAAACAUGUUUACCCUCUUGGUGCUAUUAUAUUGCAAUGAAGAAUGACUUAGCAUAGAUGUGUUGCUUUCCUAGUUUAACUGUCAGAGAUUUCUUUCAUGAAUGUCCCUCUCAAGAAGUGGUUUAUAUCUUCAUUUGCUAUGGCUGUAAUAGAGUAUGGGGAGGUGAUAAAAAUCCCCCAAAUGAUGGCAUUUUCCUGUGCACUCAAAUCUCUUGGAAAAGAAAUGGGUGAGUUGCUGAACAUCAGCUAAGGAUGAAUCUGCAUCCAGACUCUGGAUUUCAGUGAGUUUAAACCCGAACAUAUUUGGGUAUAUCUCCCUUACCUUUCUCUAAGCAAAGAAUAUCUUGAUUUAAAACAGCAUUUCAGGACUGGAACCUUUUUUGACUUAGACAUAUCUUCUGACAGAAAUUCCCAUAGUGAAUGAGAGUCUUUGCUUAUGAGCCUGGCCUAUUUAACAGUCUGUUAAGUGCAGCAAAACUUCUAGGCAAGGUGCCAGGAAGGGAAAAUGAUUGUUGUACAUGCAGGUAGAUACUAAAUUGUAAUUUACAUCUUCUAAUUCCAUAAUGACAUUCUGGACUGAACUGUUUUUCAAAGGAGAAAAGUUAGAAGAAAUUAAAGAAUAACAAUUAUAAAACAUAUAGGCAGGCAGCUUUGAAGAGUCGGUCAAGAAGAGACAGAUAAGAAGUCAGGAGCAUUUUAUACAAAUUUCUAUUUCAUGCUUCUUAUGUGCGGAAGGCAGAACUAUUGGUUGGCACAUUUGUUUUUAUGCUUUCCCUGAUUUGUGCCUUAAUGAAAACUAAUUAAAUGUAAAGUGUUGCAGAGAAGUAAAGUCCUCCUCCAGCCUCAAAAAAAAAGUGUUCAAAUGGAGGCAGUCAAAAGGAGACAGCAGCAUACAGGCUAAUGUCAAUGUUGAGGGUGGGACAACAACCCGAUAUUCCAAGUCUAGGAACUGCAGCAGCAUUACCAAUGUAAACUCACCACUUUUCUAAGGUAAUAUAUUGGUGAAGUGGACACCAUUUUGAUAUCAUACAGGUCUUUCAUGUCUCCCAAAUUGUACUAAGAAGAGGAAGCAGUAUGCCAGUGGAGGUAGGUAUCUUGUAUUCAAUCAGUUUUAUUUCUCUAGGACUGCACUUCUCUAAAGUCAGCACCUACAGAUUUGACCCUUUUUUUAAAAAAACCCGUGAUAACAAACAAAACCCGCAACAAAACUGAAUACAUGUCCAAUGAGUAGAUUUAUUGCUGAGCUAAAAACAGAGGCUCACAAGUAUUCCCAUUUCAGAGAUCAUUGAAAGUUAAAGACUGUACAAAACCUUUAACCCUGAAUUCAGUGAUGGAAAAUGGGUAGUGUCUGUGGGGCAGUUUUACCCAGAGCCAAUUUAACUUAAGUAAUUUUACUGUUCAAACUCCGUCGCUCUAAUCUACCUGGCAACAAGACAUUAUUUAACUUUUCUUAUUAGAUCAUUAAUUGCAUUCCCCAUAUUACAAUUAUGUAGUUCAUCUAGACUUUUACAGCUGAAGGAAAUGGCUGUGAUAGUCCAAAGUGUGUUGUGGUUGCUGAAGUGGCCUGAAGCAGAGACAGGCUGCAGCUUGGAGCUAGAAUCCACCUAAUGCGAUGUCAGCAUCAGACACAGCAGCUCUCUAAAUCCACAGACAUGCAUACUGUAUGUUUAUAUAUGCAUUCAUACAUGGGGGAACAAAACUCUAGAAAGGUGUAUGCACGACUCUCACAACCAGUGCUGCCAUGUUUUCAGGCUGUGGUUGAAAUGAAGGAGCUUUUUGUCCUAUGCUCUUAUUUAAAUAAGGAUACACAAGUACAAUGAAGAGCUAGAUUUCUUCCCACUUGCCAGCACUUCAGUUUAAGGAUAGCUGUGUCCAAGGGAAAUGCAAAACACAUGCCAAUGAAUUAGCAAAUGGACUUACUAUCACAGUGAUGUUCUCUUCCGUCAGACCAAGUACACGCAAGGGCUCUGUUCAAAGUUGAUUAACUGCUUCAGUUGGGUGUGAACAUAGAAACACAGACAGGAAAAGUGUUUUUCUCUGCCAAUAAAAAGUGAGGAGAAUGGGUAAAGUAAGAUGGAAAAAUAAAAGAGAGAAACCAUGUUAAUUCUUGUAGUUUGAGUGGUAAACUGAAAGCAGAAAUGAAAGUCAAAAUAACAAAGCCUGAAUAUCAUGUUCAAUGGAUUUCUAAUUCUGUACAUAUCUAUCAAACCAGGGCUAUAUAUCUUCUUAUGGGUUACUUUCUUUUACUGUUCCUUUUCAUUUUCUUCCCAGUUUGUAUAUUGAUUUUGUAAGCUAGCAGUGUGUUACCUUUUCAAUUUUUUAAAACUUGUAUGAAAGCCAUAUAUCCAUAUUGUAGAAUGAAAGCAUUAAUCCUGUAACAUCCCUUAAUGUUUCCCUUAGCUCUGUGGGAUUUUGGAGGGCUCUAGCAAAUGUAUAUGUUUACCAAUUGUAUCAGCAUAAUUUACUUGUUCUUAGUGACGAUAAAGAAUUAAAUAAACUAAUGCACAGACA